CGCACCCAGCCCAAAAGCUUUGUGUUUUUACAGAUAUUAACCAUGUUUCCUGUUUAAAAAGAAAAAACAGCAACAAUGUAGGAGAAUAAGAGAAACAUUCUUCCAAAAAAGACAUCAUUUUGAUUAUUUUAUCUCAUUGGAAUGUUGGAUAAUAUAGUCUGCUUCAUUAAUCAUCAAGCAUGCUAUGGAUUUCCCACUUUUAUAGGAUCUGUAUCUCAGUUCAGGUAAUACUGGUAAUUUUUGUACAGUAUUUGAAGAUGAAAAAUAUAGGCCAAAAUCACAGACCUUGCAUAGAAGCUGGUUAAUGAAGACAGCUCUGGAGGAACACAUAGAUACACACAGAGAGACACACACAUAUAUAUAAAGUAUACACACAUAUGUUUUUUAAAGUUUUAAAGGUUUUAAAGCCAAAGCCAGCGCUUCCCAUCUCCCAGAGCGGGCGGCCCCUCCCCUGUCUCAGAGUGGGUGGGGACAGCGGUUGCAUGGGCAGCUUUCCUGAUGAGCCACAGGUCCCUCUGGACACACUGCUGCCUGGCCACGCCCCCUUUCCUUUUCAUCUUUCUCAUUGACCAAUGGGCUUGGAGCAUUAAGGCCACGCCCCUAUUCUGCAUUCUACUGUGGCCCUGGUUACGCCUCCUCUGGGUCAGUUAGGCAGCUGCCUGUUAGGUGACUGGACGUUUUGAUCAGCGCUUGCUGGGAGUUUGCUGACGUGGCCCCAACUCCGCCUCCCUCCCCACCCCACAAUGGCAGAAGAAACUCGACAGAGUAAAUUAGCUGCAGCCAAGAAAAAGUUCAAAGAAUAUUGGCAGAGAAACCGCCCUGGUGUUCCAGCAGCAGCGAAGAGGAACAGGAAAGCAAAUGGCAGUAGCCCUGAGACAGCCGCUUCUGGUGGUUGCCACUCAUCUGAGGCUUCCUCCUCCGCCUCCUCCUCUCUGCAUGCACCUCAGAGCCCGUGCCAAGAACAAGCAGCAGUCCUGGACUCGAGGUCCAUAAAAAUCAGUCGACUGAAUGACACCAUCAAAUCUUUGAAACAACAGAAGAAACAAGUGGAACAUUAGCUGGAAGAAGAAAAGAAAGCAAACAACGAGAGACAGAAAGCCGAAAGGGAGCUAGAGGGUCAAAUCCAGAGAUUGAACAUAGAGAAAAAGAAACUAAAUAUGGACCUGUACCACAUGGAACGUUCUCUCAGAUACUUUGAAGAAGAGUCCAAGGACCUGGCCGUCCGCCUGCAACGUUCAUCGCAGCGUAUAGGAGAGUUAGAGUGGUCUCUCUGUGCUGUCGCCGCCACACCGAAGAAGAAGCCGGAUGGGUUCUCGAGCCGCAGUAAAGCACUUCUCAAGUGGCAGUUAGAGCAGUCCAUACGGGAGCAGAUACUGCUGAAAGGACACGUGACACAGUUGAAGGAGUCGCUUAAAGAAGUCCAGCUGGAGAGAGAUCAAUAUGCUGAACAAAUAAAAGGGAGGGCCCAGUGGCAGCAGAGGAUGAGGAAAAUGUCGCAGGAGGUUUGCACACUGAAGACAGAGAAGGAGCAUUAUACGCAUCGGGUAGAGGAGCUGGAGAGGAGCUUGUCCAAACUCAAAAACCAGACGGCUGAGCCACUGCCCCCGGAUCCCGCAGCAGUGUCCUCUGAGGUGGAGCUGCAAGACCUGAGGAAGGAGCUGGGGAGAGUGGCAGGAGAGCUCCAGGCUCAGGUGGAAAACAAUCAGCGCAUCAGUCUCCUGAACCGUGGGCAAAAGGAGAGCCUUCACGAGCAGGAGGAGAGGCUUCGGGAACAGGAGAAGAGGCUUCAGCAGCUGGCCGAGCCACAGAGCGACUUGGAGGAGCUGAAGAACGAGAACAAGAGCGCACUGCAGUUGGAGCAGCAAGUAAAGGAGCUGCAGGAGAAGCUGGGCCAGGUGACGGAGAUGCUCACCUCGGCCGAGAAGGAGCCAGAGGCAGCAGUCCCAGCCUCAGGGACUGGGGGCGAGUCUAGCGGCCUUAUGGACCUCCUGGAGGAGAAGGCGGACCUGAGGGAGCAUGUGGACAAACUGGAACUUGGAUUCAUCCAGUACCGGAGAGAGAGAUGCCAUCAGAAAGUACAUCGCCUUCUAACAGAGCCAGGGGACAGUGCCAAAGAUGCGGCACUGGGAGGAGGCCAUCAUCAGGCUGGCCCAGGACAAGGAGGAGAGGAAGGUGAAGCUGCUGGAGCUGCAGGAGAUGGUGUUGCGGCUUAUGGCAACUACAGCGAGGGGCACGGCAAAUUCCUGGCCGCUGCCCGGAACCCUGCUGCUGAACCCAGUCCAGGAGCCCCAGCCCCCCAGGAGCUCGGGGCUGCCGACAAGCAUGGUGAUCUUUGUGAGGUGAGCCUCACCAACAGCGUGGAGCCUGCACAAGGAGAAGCCAGGGAGGGUUCUUCCCAGGACAACCCUACUGCACAGCCAAUCGUGCAGCUCCUUGGUGAGAUGCAGGACCACCAGGAGCACCCAGGCUUGGGCAGCAACUGCUGUGUGCCAUGCUUUUGCUGGGCUUGGCUGCCGAGAAGAAGGAGAUAAACACCACCAUCAUCAAAGAGCUGCUCAAGAAAUUUUUAAAAACGAAACAAAGUUAUGGGGUUAAUCUCCUACACAAUUCAUUUACUUCAUUUGAAUGUUAGAGCUACUCAUGAUUAUUUGUGUUUCUAAUUUGUAGUUUAAGUUUAUUUGUAAAAAGUUAAAAGAGAGUGGGUCUCUGUGGCUCUCACUGAUGUUCACUCUGGCAUCCUUUAGCAUUUUUCUUUUUCCAUUUCAUAAUUGUAGGUCAUUAGCAUGCAUAUCGAGUUUGCCCUUACGUGGUGGGAGUUCAAACACACAAAGACCCACUCUUUGCACAAAACUGUUCUCGCUGGUUUGGAAUAGGCUCCCGUGCUUUUUUAAUGUUAUUGCAGCAUGUAUGUUCAUUACAGAAUUCAGAUAAAAUUUGCUAAUGUUCUGCUAUGAUGUUUGAUCUCAUCUUAAUCACAGUGAGCUCUUCAAUAGCUCAAUAUGCGGUUUGCCCCCAAGUGUGCACUGUUUAUUACUUUGUAAUAUGCCACUAUGAGUACUGACAUUUAGAGCUGUUUAAAGGCCGAGAACUGGAAACAGCCUUUCCUCCAUUUUCUGUGUAUUGGUGAUGGGAGUGAUAACCUUUUGGGGGAGCUUUCUAAAUCUCACAGAAGAGGAAAGUGGCCUGCUCUGGCAGAUAUGUGCAGGAUACAGUGUGUUUCAUCUGUUCCGGUGCCAAGAAUGAGCACUGUACUGUGGCAGUUCCCUUUGGAUUUGUAUGUGCUCUGGGCUCAUGAAGAUACUGCAUCAUGAGCUGCAGCAGUUGUACUCUUUUUCAAUGACCUAAAAAGGGCUUAUUUCCGAGGAAUGAAAGGCUGCCAUCAUUGGCUGUGGAUGUGGAAAACCUUUCCUAGCUUAGAGCAUUUGUAUCUACAAUACAUUUUAAAGUCAGAGUUCAUGUUACCUGUCUUAAUCACAUGACUACGUGUCCCAGUACACAAAAGGGCGCUGGUUGGCAUUCUUCUUAAUGUGUUUAGUAAAGAUCAUAAGAAAUCCUUUAAGAGUUUAAAUGUCUCUGAAACAGGCAUACAGGCUCUAGUCAAGAAUGAAUUAGAGUGAAGGAAAGCUGUGUGACACCUGGCAUUCCUCUCUGUUCACGGAGAUUCUUUGAGGCUUGAAGAUUGAUUUUACCAUCUAGACCUCUCUGGCUAAUACCUAUUCUUCAACCACCUCCGUUACUCUGACAUAGGAAUUUACUUCUUUUCCUUGAGUGGAAAACACUUUAGAAAAUAAUAACAAACAUUAUUCUAAACUAAUAUAUGUGAGAUACUUAGUUGAAACAAAAAGGAAUUUUAGUAGACAGCAUUAUAUUAUCUUUGAAAAUCAAGGAGAAGUUUAUGCAACUUAAAAUGUUUACACACUGUGGUGCAAUCUGUUUGUGAAUGUCAGUGUAUUAUCAGGAAACAUGUCUAUACGAUCGCAGAGUUGUAUUUCCUCACAAACUUCUUUACGAAGAGUGAAAUACGUUUUUGUACCUCUCAGUUUCAGUCAGGGACAUAUUUUGUGCAAUAUUUCUGUGAUUGUGCCUAUGCGUGAUGAAUGAAUGCAUUUCAGUCAUACAUUGCCUAAAUCAUAACUUGAUGAUGCUUGGGAAAGAAUCAACAGUUAAAACUUCAUGAAGUUCUAAUGUCUGUGUUCCAAAACACAUCACAUUAUUAGGUUGUAGGGACAUAUGUAUGUGUGCUCCCUGGGGUGGGGAGUUUUCUAGUUACUAGACCAUCUCCAUUUUUAGCACUUGGCGUCCUCAUGAUCCUUUUAUAAAUGUGAGAUUAACAGGAGAGCAGCAAUACGAUUUUGCCAAUGGAAUAACAGAUUUGCUGGCAUUCACUGAAAGAGGGCAGAUAUUGGGUCCUUGUAACUUCAACUGACUCUUCCAAAUUGUAUGAAUUUAUCAAUGUAUUACAUAAAUCCAGUUUCAGAAUGAUAAAAAAUGUUAGACCAAAUAAUGCGGCUAAUUAACAGUCGUAUGAUUUCUAGUCCGUGGGUUUAAAACUGUAUCUUAAAGAGUCAUUUUAAAAUAAUAUAAAUAUUAAAAAAUGUAACUGAUAUCUUAAUGUUCUGAAAUAAAACAUUUUAAAAUAUGAAUCCUGUAGUUUAAAAGGAAGAAAUGGUGGGAAGGAAAAGUAGAGAAAGAAAUGCCAAUUCCAGGCCAAAGCUUUAUUUGCCAAGUUUUCUUAGAAUGAAUUUUACCAGUGUAUGAGUUCUUGUUAACAGAAUGUGUAAUGGAAAUACUGAAAGACUUUUGCCUAAAGUGGCAUUAUUGACUGCUGGUGUGAUGCUACUGUAAUGUAAUAAAUUUUUAAAUUGUUGCAAAGUGCUA